AUGUGUUUCGCAAUUACGGGCUUCCUGAAGACGUUGUGUCAGACAGGGGCGAACGGCCAGGCUGAGCGGAAGAUACAGGACAUCGGGAGGUACCUGAGAUCAUACUGCCAUACUCACCAACACAGCUGGCACCGUUUCCUACCCUGGUCGGAGUACGCCCAAAACUCCCUUCGACAGACCUCAACCGGUCUCACCCCGUUUCAGUGUAUCCUAGGAUAUCAACCUCCCCUGUUCCCCUGGUCUGGAGAACCCUCAUCGGUGCCAGCUGUCGAUCACUGGUUUCGGGUGAGCGAGAGGGUCUGGGACUCAGCUCACCACCACCUCCAGCAGGCUAUCCGCAGGCAGAAGCUCCAUGCGGACGCCCGAAGAUCCCCAAACCCCCAGUAUGCUCCAGGGCAAUGGGUCUGGUUGUCCACAAGGGACUUACGCCUGCGACAACCCUGCCGGAAGCUGAGUCCCAAAUACAUCGGACCAUUCCUCAUCACUCGACAGAUUAAUCCCGUCACCUUCCGCCUCCAGCUGCCCAAACACUACCAGAUCUCCCCCUCCUUUCACGUUUCCCUUCUCAAACCCUUUAUUACUCAUGUUUCUGUUUCCUCUACAGACCCAGCUGUAACAACAGAUCUGCCUCCUCCUCCACCACCUCUGGACGUCGCCCAACAGAUCUUCAGGGUAGAGGAGAUCAUGGACUCCAGGAGUCGGGGAGGUCACCUCGAGUACCUAAUCAACUGGGAGGGCUACGGACCUGAAGAACAAUCCUGGGUACCACGGAUUUACAUUCUAGACCAAGCACUCCUACGAGAGUUCCACCAAACCCAUCCUGAACGUCCGGGUCCUCGACUUCGAGGUCGACCCCGUCACCCUGGUAGGUCCGCUGGAGUGGACCAUGGAGGAGGGGGUACUGGAAACCGGGGGAGGCGAGGGCUCGUGCAGGCGGGCAGUACAGAACCCGGCUCGCAGGGGUCUGGCUCCGGGGGAGGAGAAAGCGGGAUCGAGAGGCUGAUCCUCUCGGACCGCGAUGACUUUCCCCUGGAGCAGGCCCAGGACGAGACCUUAAAACGGGCUUUUGAGCAUGUCUCGUCCAUUGACGGGCAGCCGUGGCAAGGACCCUUUGAGGUUACACGGCAGGUAGGGGAUCUCGAUUAUGAGGUCGUACGAACAGACAGGCGGGGAGCACGGCAAAUUUACCACCUCAACCUCCUUAAAAAAUGGAGUGAGGAGGAGUCCGUGAUGUUGGCGACGGUGGUAACGGGAGAGGAUGAUCUCGGGCCGGAGGCGAAUGUUAAACAUCAAUCCCUCGCCCUGGCCCCGGGGGGAGAUCACCUCUCACCCUCGCAGCUCACGGAUGUGGCCCGCCUGCAGGCGGAAUUUGCGGAUGUGUUCUCCCCCCUGCCUGGUCGCACGAACCUUAUUCAGCACCACAUUGAGACCGAGCCGGGGAUAGUGGUACGAAACUAUCGCAAGGUGAAUGCCGUGUCGAAAUUUGACGCGUAUCCCAUGCCGAGGAUUGACGAGUUGUUAGAUCGGCUAGGCACCGCUCGUUUUUUUUCGACGCUGGAUUUGACGAAGGGAUAUUGGCAGAUCCCUCUUUCCCCAGUGUCUAAAGAGAAGACAGCCUUUACCACGCCGUUCGGAUUGCACCAAUUUGUCACCCUUCCGUUCGGCUUGUUCGGAGCUCCGGCCACCUUCCAGCGCCUCAUGGACCGCAUCCUCCGGCCACAUGCAACAUAUGCGGCUGCCUAUCUGGAUGAUAUUAUCAUCUACAGCAAUGAUUGGCAGCGGCAUAUGGAGCACCUGAGGGCGGUCCUGGGGACGCUGAGGGAGACCGGGCUCACGGCCAACCCGAAGAAGUCUCCCUCUGAUCCCCUCUCUGAACUGGUCACCCUACUCCGGAACCAACCCGCACCUGCACUCCUUCCGUCUAACCCACCAUCGGCGUCUAGUCCCAUGGCCCUACCCAACCGAUAUACUGGCUCCGUGGAGGAGUGUAGCGGGUUCUGUCUCCAAUGUGAGCUCUACAUACAGUUGCACCCCGGUCAAUUCUCCACGGACAAAUCCAAGGUAGCCUUCAUCAUCUCCCUCCUGAGCGGUAAGGCCCUGAACUGGGCAUACGGGAUUUGGCAGGCCGGAGGACCACUUACCACUAAUCUGAAGUCUUUUCUUGAGCACUUUAAAGGGGUCUUUGGCCAAGCAAUGGAUUACCUUUCGGUGCACGAUCUACUGCUGAGGCUUCGACAAGGACGCCUUUCAGUGGCGGAUUAUGCCCUCCAGUUCCGCACCCUUGCGGCGACCAGUGGAUGGAAUGAGCCGGCGCUUGUCUCGGUCUACCGCCAAGGGCUACAGAACUCGAUCCGAUUACACAUGGCCAUCUACGAUGACUCGGUCGGUCUGGAGGCUCUCAUACAACGAUCCAUUAGUAUAGCCCAACGUCUGUCAGCCUGUUCGCCGUCAUCACCCGGUACAUUUCCUCCACGGGUUACGACCUCUGCUUCCCGGACUUCUUCAGACCCAGAACCCAUGGAUGUGGAACGUUUUCGACUAUGUCCUGUGGAACGUACACGGAGGCGGAACCUUAACCUUUGUCUGUACUGUGGAGGGUCAGGUCAUCGCCUAGCCGUCUGCCCCGUCCGUCCGGCUCGACCAGCGGUGAGUUCUAUCCAUACACCGGCCUCCUUAACUCACCUUGCUCUUACCCAAGUGGUCAUUAUUGCACCUAACUUCUCUGUUCCAGUCCACGCCCUGAUUGACUCUGGAGCCGCCGGGAACUUCAUUUCUCUGAAUCUUCUUACUCAGUUGGGCUUCCCACGCCUAAGGAACGGGAGGACCAUGUUUGUGCAAGACAUCCUAGGAAAACCGCUGGGCCGAGGUCGGAUCACACACCAUUCCCCACCCAUCACCCUUCACAUCUCUCCCAGGCAUACGGAGAAGAUCUCCUUCUGGGUACUGGAGGGGUCCACCUCCGAUAUCGUCCUGGGACGACCCUGGCUGAUGGAACGUCAACCUAUCGUGGACUGGCGCACUGGCAUCAUAUCCGGAUGGGCGGAUUAUAGGUCGUUCCAGGACGUCUUCUCCAAGCUGAGGGCUACGGAGCUGCCUCCUCACCAGCCAUGGGACUGCGCCAUUGAGCUGCUGCCUGGGGCCACAAUGCCCAAAGGAAAGAUCUAUUCCUUGUCCAUCCCGGAGCAGAAGGCCAUGGAGGAGUAAAUCGAGGAGGCAUUACAACAAGGUUUCAUCCGACCGUCUGUCUCCCCUGCCGCGUCAAGCUUCUUCUUCGUAGGGAAAAAGGAUGGAGGUCUUCGUCCCUGCAUAGACUAUCGGGUUCUCAAUCGUCACACCAAGCGCUUCGCCUAUCCUCUUCCCCUGAUACCUGCUGCCCUGGAACAGUUACGCCAUGCCACAUUGUUCACCAAGCUGGAUCUAAGAAGCGCCUACAACCUGAUUCGGAUUCGCCCAGGUGACGAAUGGAAAACGGCCUUUGUGACUCCCAACGGUCAUUACGAAUAUAAGGUCAUGCCCUUCGGCUUGGUGAACGCCCCAGCAGUGUUCCAGAGCUUUAUGAAUGAGAUCUUCCGGGACCUGCUGGGGAAAUUCUUUAUAAUUUACCUCGACGAUAUACUUAUUUACUCCCACUCUCGACCCGCUCACGUUACCCAUGUCUCCAUCGUCCUCCAACGCCUACGCCAACAUAAACUAUACCUGAAACUUGAGAAAUGCCAGUUUCACCAAUCCACCAUACAAUUUCUGGGUUAUAUCAUCUCUUUCAACCACGUUACCAUGGAUCAGGGGAAGGUGGAGGCGGUCCAGAACUGGUCACAACCCCAUACGGUGAGGGAGAUGCAGCGGUUUUUAGGAUUUGCUAAUUUCUACCGGCGCUUCAUCGCUGGAUUCAGCUCUAUUGCAGCUCCCCUCACCGCCAUGACUGGAAAAGGCUCGAGAUCCCUGUCCUGGAAUCCCGAAGCUCUCAAAGCUUUUGACCAGAUGAAGCAAGCCUUCUGUACUGCUCCUACCCUACUUCUACCCGACCCAGACCUGCCUUUUCUCGUGGAAGUGGAUGCCUCUUCGACCGGGGUAGGAGCGGUGCUCUCUCAGCGGCAGGGGAAGCCUCCUAGACUCCAUCCAUGUGCCUACUUCUCCCGCAAGCUAUCCCCGGCGGAGUUAAACUACGACAUCGGGAAUAAAGAGCUCCUAGCCAUCAAACUGGCUCUGGAAGAAUGGCGACACUGGCUGGAGGGCGCGAACUAUCCCUUCACCGUGAUCACCGAUCACCGUAACCUGGAGUACCUCAAAGAGGCCCGGAGGCUGAAUUCUCGUCAGGCCCGUUGGGCACUCUUCUUCUCACGGUUCGACUUCAAAGUGACUUACCGACCUGGCUCGCAAAAUGGCAAAGCUGAUGCUCUCUCCAGACAACACUACGUCACCCCAGAUUUAACCGAACCUGAACCAGUGCUUCCUCCAGCCCUGUUCGUCUGCCCCAUCCAGUGGGCCCUCGACCGGGACAUCGCUGAACUCCAACACCCUACUCCGCCGGGAGGUCCCGAGGGUAGGAUCUUUGUGCCAUCCGAGCUCCGCACUACCCUCGUGGACUCUGCUCAUUCUGUUCCGGGAUCAGGACACCCAGGCAGACAGCGCACCCUCUCGCUCAUCUCCGCCCGAUACUGGUGGCCUGGGAUGACUCAGGACAUCGCCCGAUUCGUCAAAGGAUGCUCAGUCUGCGCCAUCGCAAAGACACCACGUCGCCUGCCGGAGGGAAAACUACUCCCAUUGCCCAUACCCCAACGACCGUGGUCUCACCUCGCAGUGGACUUUAUCACCGACCUGCCCCUGUCUGACACAUUCACCUGUAUCCUGGUGGCAGUGGAUAGGUUCUCCAAAGCAUGCAAGUUGAUUCCCCUCACUCAGCUCCCCACUGCACUAGAGACGGCUGAGGCCCUGUUUACCCAUGUGUUUCGCAAUUACGGGCUUCCUGAAGACGUUGUGUCAGACAGGGGUCCCCAAUUCAUCUCCCGGGUCUGGAAGGCCUUCUUCGGAAUACUGAACAUCUCGGUGAGCUUGACCUCCGGAUAUCACCCUCAGGCGAACGGCCAGGCUGAGCGGAAGAUACAGGACAUCGGGAGGUACCUGAGAUCAUACUGCCAUACUCACCAACACAGCUGGCACCGUUUCCUACCCUGGGCGGAGUACGCCCAAAACUCCCUUCGACAGACCUCAACCGGUCUCACCCCGUUUCAGUGUAUCCUAGGAUAUCAACCUCCCCUGUUCCCCUGGUCUGGAGAACCCUCAUCGGUGCCAGCUGUCGAUCACUGGUUUCGGGAGAGCGAGAGGGUCUGGGACUCAGCUCACCACCACCUCCAGCAGGCUAUCCGCAGGCAGAAGCUCCAUGCGGACGCCCGAAGAUCCCCAAACCCCCAGUAUGCUCCAGGGCAACGGGUCUGGUUGUCCACAAGGGACUUACGCCUGCGACAACCCUGCCGGAAGCUGAGUCCCAAAUACAUCGGACCAUUCCUCAUCACUCGACAGAUCAAUCCCGUCACCUUCCGCCUCCAGCUGCCCAAACACUACCGGAUCUCCCCCUCCUUUCACGUUUCCCUUCUCAAACCCUUUAUUACUCCUGUUUCUGUUUCCUCUACAGACCCUGCUGUAACAACAGAUCUGCCUCCUCCUCCACCACCUCUGGACGCCGCCCAACAGAUCUUCAGGGUAGAGGAGAUCAUGGACUCCAGGAGACGGGGAGGUCACCUCGAGUACCUAAUCAACUGGGAGGGCUACGGACCUGAAGAACAAUCCUGGGUACCACGGAUUGACAUUCUAGACCAAGCACUCCUACGAGAGUUCCACCAAACCCAUCCUGAACGUCCGGGUCCUCGACUUCGAGGUCGACCCCGUCACCCUGGUAGGUCCGCUGGAGCGGACCAUGGAGGAGGGGGUACUGUAACGGUUUCAGCACCACCGGCCACGCCCCCCAUGUCGUCACCGCCAGCUCGCUUCACCCGUUCCCUCUCCCCGGAGUUCUGAACUCAGUUUCCCAGCAUGCACCGCACAUCCACCAUUUUUGAUUAGUCCACACCUGCAUCACAUCAUCAGGAUUCUAUUUAAGUUUGCACCUUUUUGUUCUUCCCUGUUCAGUCUUGUUGUCUUCACUGCAAUUCUUUACCCCGAUAAGUAUACUUACCUGUUUUUGAAAUACUUACCUGUUUUUGGAUAUUCCUGUUUUUGAAAUACUUACCUGUUUUUGGAUA